GUGAGAUGCCUCCUCCCAAUCACAGACCACCCUUCCCUGGUCCUGAAGGUUCAAAGAAUUCUUCCAGGGUAGAAAAGCAUCACAGGCUAGCUUGGCUUGCAGAGUGGGCCAGCACAGGACCAAGAGGAGGAGGAAAGGGUACCCCCUGCCAGUUAAAAAAAUGAAAAGAAAAAUCUAAUACAUAUGAGGGAAGUGCUACUUUGAAAUAACACAAGAAAGUUUCAGUAGACCCCAUAUUUGGGAUCUCAAACGGAGGGAAGAAAGGAAGAUACAUCAGACUAUCAGGAGUCAGUCUCUAUCCAGAGAUUGCUUCAAGCCCCAAAUCCUUGUAACAAAUCCCGGAGAUGGCCAAAGACGACUCCACUGUUCGUUGCUUCCAGGGCCUGCUGAUUUUUGGAAAUGUGAUUGUUGGUAUGUGUGGCAUUGCGCUGACCGCAGAGUGCAUCUUCUUUGUAUCUGACCAACACAGCCUCUACCCGCUGCUCGAAGCCACCGACAACGACGACAUCUACGGAGCCGCCUGGAUCGGCAUGUUCGUCGGCAUCUGCCUCUUCUGCCUGUCGGUUCUAGGCAUUGUCGGCAUCAUGAAGUCUAGCAGGAAACUUCUUCUGGCGUAUUUCAUUCUGAUGUUUAUUGUGUACGGCUUUGAAGUGGCAUCUUGUAUCACAGCAGUAACACAACGAGACUUUUUCACACCCAACCUCUUCCUGAAGCAGAUGCUGGAGAGGUACCAAAACAACAGCCCUCCUAACAACGAUGACCAGUGGAAAAACAAUGGAGUCACCAAAACCUGGGACAGGUUCAUGCUCCAGGACAAUUGCUGUGGAGUGAAUGGUCCAUCAGACUGGCAGAAAUAUACCUCUGCCUUCCGGGCUAAGAAUAACGAUGCUGACUAUCCCUGGCCUCGUCAGUGCUGUGUUAUGAACAAGCUGAAAGAACCUCUCAACCUGGAGGCCUGCAAACUAGGCGUGCCUGGUUAUUAUCACAGUCAGGGCUGCUAUGAACUGAUCUCUGGACCAAUGAACCGGCAUGCCUGGGGAGUUGCCUGGUUUGGAUUUGCCAUUCUCUGCUGGACUUUUUGGGUUCUCCUGGGUACCAUGUUCUACUGGAGCAGAAUUGAAUAUUAAGAAUACAGUGUCACCCUAAUACCACCUUCCCCAGGGACUCUGGAUUUGGUGCUGGACCCUCUCUCUCCUAAUGCUCCAUGUGUGUGCCCCACAGGUACACCUACCUGCAUUCUCAAUCAAGUUGCCAAGUCAGCUGGUAUAGAGUUCCUUAGGAUCUCAGGCUCAUGAAGUUCUCUCCACUGCUGUUUUCACCCUGGUCUAGGAUUCUGCAACAUUUUGAUAGGCUGUAGGAGAGGAAGAAUUUGGAAAUUAGAUAACUACUCUCAUCCCUGUUUGUUUUUAAUCUGGGAGCAUAAAGACAUUCACAGGACCUGUGUUAUGGCAG